CAACGCUUGAGCUUGAUCCAUUCCAAUCAGCGCCUCUCGAUUUCCGUUUAUCGGAAAAUCUCUCCCGUGAUCGGCGGAUUGUGAAUGCCGUUCACCGAGAUAUUUCUCCGAUUCUUUUCCUCAGUAAGGACAAGUUUUCAGUUGACUUAUUAGGAGGUGGGGUUUGAAUAAGCUACAAUGGCCUCAAUUCUUAAUCAAACCCAGGAAUUGCAAGAAGCUUCUAAGGUUCUUGGGCAUGUAAGAUGUGAAAACUUCUUUAUAUUCCCCGGAGAAAAUACUUUGUCAGAUGGUUUGAGGGGUGUGUUAUAUUUUCUCGGUCUUGCCUACUGCUUUAUCGGGUUGUCAGCGAUCACUGCACGGUUCUUCAAGUCUAUGGAGAAUGUCGUGAAACAUUCGCGUAAAGUGGUUGCAAUUGAUCCCAUUACUAAAGCUGAAGUCAUCACAUACAAGAAAGUUUGGAACUUUACUAUUGCAGACAUCAGUUUGUUGGCGUUUGGAACUAGCUUCCCUCAGAUUUCUUUGGCUACCAUCGAUGCAAUACGGAAUAUCGGGGAGCGAUAUGCUGGAGGUCUUGGUCCAGGAACACUUGUUGGCUCAGCUGCAUUUGAUCUUUUCCCCAUCCACGCUGUCUGUGUCGUUGUGCCAAAAGCUGGAGAACUGAAAAAGAUAUCCGACUUAGGCGUUUGGCUAGUUGAGCUAGUGUGGUCUUUUUGGGCUUACAUCUGGCUAUACAUAAUCCUCGAGGUGUGGUCACCAAACGUAAUUACACUUGUGGAGGCAUUAUUGACAGUAUUGCAAUACGGAUUACUUCUAGUUCACGCGUACGCCCAAGACAAGCGAUGGCCUUACUUGUCUUUACCAAUGUCAAGAGGUGAUAGGCCAGAGGAGUGGGUUCCAGAGGAGAUUGAUACAUCCAAAGAUGACAGUGACAAUGAUGUUCAUGAUGUGUAUUCGGAUGCCGCUCAAGAAGCUGUUGAAUCAGGAAGCAGAAACAUUGUGGAUAUCUUCUCUAUUCAUUCAGCUAACAAUGAUACAGGGAUCACCUAUCAUACAGUGGCAGAUACUCCACCCGAUUCAGCCACUAAGAAGGGUAAGGCGAAGAAUUCUACUGUUUUCGACAUUUGGAAACAUCAAUUCGUGGAUGCAAUAACGUUGGAAACAUCAGAAUCAAAGAAAGUGGAUAGCAUUUAUCUUCGAAUCGCGAAAUCUUUCUGGCAAUUACUCCUCGCCCCUUGGAAACUUCUUUUUGCAUUUGUGCCUCCUUGCAACAUUGCUCACGGUUGGAUCGCUUUCAUCUGCUCUCUCCUCUUCAUCAGUGGAGUAGCCUUUGUUGUCACAAGACUUACCGACCUUAUAAGCUGUGUCACUGGAAUAAACCCAUAUGUGAUAGCAUUCACAGCACUCGCAGGUGGAACUUCAUGGCCAGACUUAGUAGCAAGUAAAAUCGCUGCAGAGCGACAACUAACCGCAGAUUCAGCCAUUGCAAACAUCACCUGCAGUAACUCGGUGAACAUCUAUGUGGGGAUUGGAGUCCCGUGGCUGAUAAACACAGUCUACAACUACUUUGCAUACAGAGAGCCUUUAUACAUAGAAAACGCAAAAGGAUUAAGCUUUUCGCUGCUGAUAUUCUUUGCGACAUCAGUGGGAUGUAUUGUGGUGCUUGUGUUGAGAAGGUUGAUCAUAGGAGCUGAGCUUGGAGGUCCAAGGCUAUGGGCUUGGCUUACUUCUGCCUAUUUCAUGAUGCUUUGGGUCGUCUUCGUUGUUCUUUCUUCUUUGAAAGUUUCAGGCAUCAUAUAGAAGAAGCAACAAAAGGAAAAACCCCAUGAGUAGAAGAGAAAGCCUUAUUCAUAUGUCUCGGUUUUUGUUUUUCUUACUUGUUAAGGGGUUUUAUAUAAAAUUAUCAAAGUUCA